AUGGGCAAAAAGGGCGGCAAGAAGAAGGCCGUGGAUCCAUUUGCUCGAAAAGAGUGGUACGAUAUCAAAGCGCCGUCGAUGUUCUAUAACAGACAAGUCGGAAAGACUCUCAUCAACAAGACCCAAGGAACAAAAAUUGCAUCCGAAGGUCUGAAAGGACGUGUGUUCGAGGUGUCAUUGGCCGAUUUGAACGACUCCGAGGCUGACUUCAGAAAGUUCAAGCUUGUAUGUGAAGAUGUGCAGGGAAAGAACGUCCUUACCAAUUUCCACGCCAUGUCCAUGACCCGUGAUAAGCUGUGCUCUAUCGUCAAGAAGUGGCACACUCUCAUUGAGGCCAAUGGCGUCUUCAAGACUACUGAUGGAUACGUUUUGCACCUGUUCUGCAUUGGAUUCACGAAACGAUCACCAAAUCAAGUCAAGAAGACCACAUAUACAAAAGCUUCCAAAGUUCGCAAGAUUCGCGCUAGAAUGCUGGAGCUGAUGAAGAAAGAAGUUUCUGGUUGUGACUUGAAAGAGGUGUGCUCCAAGCUGAUCCCUGACUCAAUCGGAAAAGACAUCGAGAAGGCCUGCCAUGGAUUGUAUCCCCUUCAAGAUGUGUACAUCCGCAAAGUGAAGAUCCUAAAGAAACCCCGACUUGAUCUUGGGCGCCUUAUGGAGAUGCACGGAGAUUCCAUUACUGUUGGUACCGAUGGAGAAAAAGUUGAUCGUCCUGAUGAUUACGAGCCUCCCAUUCAAGAGACGGUCUAA